UCCCGUCUUUGCCAUUCUACGUAUUUGCGCCCUAUUGUACUACUUAAUCAAUAAUAACCCCCGAUCCUCGCUUUUCGACAACGAGCAUCGACGUCACCACACAACCAUGCGCAUCCUACCAAACCUCUCCCUCCUCGCCUCCCUCACCACCACCAUCCUCGCCGACCCGAUCCCCCCAAUACCGCCCCAACCCCAACAGCAGCCUCAGCGACUCGAUCCCCGUCCACCUCCCCUCAACCGACAGCAGCAACAACCACCCACCCACGCCAACACCCAGGGGGAAGCGACCGAGACCGGCGCCGGCACCGGAGCCGGGGUAACCCCCCCGUUCUUCGCCGGCCUAGAGCGCGCGGCCCGCCUCGUCGACAUCACGUACUGCGUCGGCACGACGGGCAUCGCGCCGCCCUUUUCCUGCGUCUCGCGCUGCCGCGACUUCCCCUCGCUGCGCCUGCUGCGCGUCUGGAACACCGGUCUCUUGCUGAGCGACAGCUGUGGGUAUAUCGCCGUCGAUCACGGGCCGCCGAGGGAGGGGAGUGGUGGUGGUGGUGGUGGUGGUGGUGGGAGGGAGAUUGUGGUCGCGUUCCGUGGCACGUAUAGUGUUACGAAUACGAUUGUGGACUUGAGUACCGUGCCGCAGGAGUAUGUGCCGUAUCCGGCGCCGCCUGGGGAGGGGGAGGGGGACGGGGAUGAGGAUGGUGGUGGGGAUGUCAGGUGCGACAACUGCACCGUGCAUAUGGGGUUUAUGGCCUCGUGGCGGAAUGCGCGCGAGGUGGUCAUCCCCGCUCUGCAGGCCGCGCGGGAGAAGUACCCCGGUUACAGGGUGCAUCUGAUCGGGCAUAGCCUGGGCGGGGCGGUCGCGGCCCUCGCGGCGCUGGAGGUGAGGUUGGGGUUGGGGUGGCAGGACGUGGUUGUUACGACAUUUGGGGAGCCGAGGGUGGGCAAUGCGAAGCUGGCCGAUUAUGUUGAUCGGGCGUUUGAGUUGGGGGAAAGGGAGGUUGGUGAGGACCUAGCGUACCGCCGGGUUACGCAUGUCGGCGACCCGGUGCCGCUGCUACCGUUGACCGAGUGGGGGUAUCGGUCGCAUGCCGGGGAGGUUUACAUUGAGAAGUCGAACCUCGCACCCGGCCCGGAGGACUUGAGGUUGUGUCGUGGAGACAAUGACCCGAAGUGUAUGGGCGGGGCUGAGACGACGGACUGGCUAGGGUGGGUGCUAGGGUGGAUGACCUGGGGAAAGGUACGGGAAGAGGUUGAAGCAUCGAAACUGGGCCAGCGAUGGUUUCCGGCGCGGCUCAAGCUGUGGCAGCUGUUCUUUGCACACCGGGAUUACUUCUGGAGACUAGGGCUUUGUGUCCCUGGAGGGGACCCGGCCGACUGGUGGAGGGAGAAGUAUAACCUGACAUUGGCCGGAACUGAGGCCGAGAUUCGGGACCUGUGAUAGUUAUGGGCCUUGAGAGGGAUGAUUUCGGCGUUUGGCAGGGUCUACUUAAUGUCUGAUGAUAGCAUAGCAUGGCGUAUUGCUUUAAAACAUGUGUCGAGACGUCUCGAAGUCUGCCCUUAGUGGGCUUGGCAACAACAUUCUUCAGCGCAGAACUACCUACCUACCUAGUAAAUAUUCUUUUACGGUUUUGGAGCCAAGGCUGCGGUCCAGAUAACGGCAAGUAUGUACAUACAUACAUACACAGCAACCUACCGUG